AUUCUGGGGAUUGUAGUUUCUCCGGGCCGCCGUGACUCGAUCCGCACACUGACGCAGUCCGCUCCGGGAGGACAGAGCGGCCCGGUCGCCGGCAUGGUGUCUCUGUCCUGCUGCGGCCGGCGGGAGGCAAUCCGGCCAGGCGCCCGCUAGCUACGGCGGCGACCCAGACGGGGAAAGUGGAAGGAAUGCCGCGUGCAAGCAGACAGCCAGUGUGGAAGAAUGGCGGUGAGCCACUCAGUAAAGGAGCGGACCAUCUCUGAGAACAGCCUGAUCAUCCUGCUGCAGGGCCUCCAGGGCCGGGUAACCACAGUGGACCUGCGGGAUGAGAGCGUGGCCCACGGACGCAUAGACAAUGUCGAUGCUUUCAUGAACAUCCGCCUGGCCGAAGUCACCUACACGGACCGUUGGGGACAUCAAGUCAAGCUGGAUGACCUCUUUGUGACGGGCCGCAAUGUCCGUUACGUCCACAUCCCAGAUGAUGUGAACAUCACCUCCACCAUUGAGCAGCAGCUGCAGAUUAUCCAUCGUGUGCGGAACUUUGGUGGCAAGGGCCAAGGCCGGUGGGAAUUUCCCUCCAAAAACUCUAAGUGACGCCCUCGGCAAGGCUGGCCCCAACUUGGGUUCCUCUGGUGUUCUCCGGAGCCAGCUCUCUGCCCUCACACCCUGUCUGGAACCUGAGAAGAGAGCAGGGCCAGCCCAGAAGCUGGUGUCCAACAGACCACCUGUCAAAGCUGCCUUUCACAGGGUUCCACGUCCUAGACUCAGUCUGGGACCCAGAAUCCUGUCUAUCUGUGGCCUUGGGGUAGGUGACAAUCCCCCUUUUUGAUGAUCUGAAUCUCUGACUUCUUGAUUAUGUAAUCUGUCAAGUAGUUUUCAGUUCUCUCAGUGAGGAUAAUUAAAGGUGCUCAGCCUGAGCCACCUCUAACUGUC